AUGGCUGCGAGUGGACUCAUGGCCGUUGGGCCUGCGCCAACACCCAAAUGGCUCAUCUUUAUUAAGGGUGCCAUCAUAAUUCUCUCCGUGAUCGUCCUUGCGUUGGCUGCAUACGCCUUGUCACUUUACGGCCGCUAUACGUAUUACUCUGGUGGUGCGCCUGGAUAUUUGAUUUUCUUGGUCAUCAAGACUUGGAUCAUCUACGGCCUCGACAUUGCCUUCCAACUCAGGGUCCAACACUUGUAUUACCGCAUCGGGUUUCUGAUUGCCUACAUCCUGAGCAUUAUAUUCUGGCUCUCCGGUUGGGCUUGGGCUGCUUCGUGGGCUUCUGUUGCCUCAGCUUAUUCCUUUGGGUACAACGACACCUUUGGCGGUGUGAUGGGUGGUUGCGCUGGCCUGGGUGCCAUCAUAUGGAUUCUCGCCAUUGUCAACCUGGUGUUCUUUAUCCUUGCUUCUGUUCGUGAGACCUCUUCAACGGGUAACGUUGAGCUUGGCCAUGCUCAGAAGCAGGAUCAACAGCCCUACACUGGUCAGCCUGCGCAGCCUCAACAACAACAGUAUGCCGGCCAACCUCAGCAGCCAUAUGCCGCUCAGCCUGGACAGCCUCAACAACAGCAACCGGCCUACGGCCAACCUCAGCAGCAAGGUUACCCACAACAGAACUAUGCCACACAGUAA